UCACACACGAAUCCUUUCUAACUGCCUGAGCUUUGCCUCGUUCUCCUUCAGCAGCCUCUCCACAUCCACUGACCCACUUAGACUCAACACGUCUCCCCGAAUACCCCCAUCCAGCCGAUCAGGGCUGUCCUCGCCUCUGUGCUUGAAGUACUCCGCCUUCCACAGCGUGAUUGCCUGAGAGAAAUGGGGGCGGAGAGGAGCGGAGGGCGGCGGGGCUGCAGCAGCAGCAGCAGCAGGUGAAGGGCCGAAUGUGAUGAGGGGCUGAUCGUGGUUUCUUUGUCUGGAAGGCCUGCGUGGGGAAGCGGGGGAGGGUGUCUGAGUGGACUUGGCUGCUGACGCUGGCGUAUGGACUGAGCUGUCCAUCUGAAGAGAGAAAUGACACAUGAGAUGGCAGUGUGUCAGUGAGAUGAGAGAGAAUAUACGUGUCUGUCUCCUGCCCACCUCGAUCUGGAGUGCCACUUCCCUCCUUUCUGCCUGCUUGCUCGGCUGAACGGCCACCGAUUCCUUUGUCUGCAUGGACGGUGCCCUUGCAGGCACCAUCUGCACCACCACCUGCUGCUGCUCUCGCAUGUCGCUGUCGGUGGUGGCGCUCACAGCCAAGCUGUCACUCGUCAGCCCCAGAGACUCGUUCGUCAGCAGCUCAUCCCUCUCGUCCACUUCCCUUUUGCGCCGCCUCCUGCUGUCUUUCCUGUUGUCCAGAGGCGUCUCUGUGCCCCCUCCCCACUCGCACACCGUCUGCGUGGCUGCCUCGGUGACGGUCUGUGUCGACUUGGCUUCUGUUUGUGGCGGCCGCAUGGCGCUGACUGGCCGGUCGAUGCGUGUGGCAGGGGGAGAUGAGGGGAGGGUGGGGAUGGGUUUGCGGUGGUUGGCAAGCUGACGGUCGGGGACAUCUGCAGAGUAUUCAAAUAGGUAGGUAUCGAUGAGUGAUUCAUUGUCUGGUCUCUCGUACCCGAUGUUGAGCUGGCUGAUUCGGGACGCAUAGACACUUCCGUGGCUAUGAUGCGUAUCGGUUCCUUGCCCCUCCCCUGCCACGCCUCAGCAUAUCCCACUGACACAGAUAGACGCAUACGCACACACACGGAAGGGAGACAUGACAUAGACAUACACCCACACUUGCAUUUCCGUGUACCUGCAGGGUAUCUUUCCCUGACUGUGCACUCGAUAAGGUCAUCGAUAUCGACGUCCCUCUCCCACCUUAUCGGUCCGUAAUCCAGCACGCCAGACGGGGGCGGUGGGGAUGGUUCGUGCAUGUCGUCGAUCAGCGACUUGUACAGACAACGAAUGCGCUCCUCCUCCUGUAACAAAAAGGGCAAGGUACGGAUGUGGCUUGGGGCAGACGGAAGGAUGGCACCUUACCUUUGCCUCCUUGUCGUUCAUCUGUUUGCGGAAAUCUGAGAGUUCGUCGCUGACCAUCUUGCUGAUGGCGGUGUGGUUCUGCAGACAGACACGCACGAUGGCUACUUGUCCAUCUCUUCUCAGCCCCAUUCUGUUACCUUCGCGACUCUGAAUCCUUCCGCGGCGGCAUGGAACUGCUCCAACUUGUCCCUGCCAGGCAGACACAGACAAAACACAAGACAGACAGACAGACAGACACAAUCGAUCACCGCACGGCCGAAAUGGCAACACGGGAAUGGCUGUAGUCUCUCACCUCAGUUCUUUCUUGACGUUGCCAAGGUGUCCAUGCAGCUGUCUGACCUCUGAAUUCACCUCGUUUUGGUACUCGUCGUUGGUCAUGAUGGCCAAACCUACUCUUUUCAU